GAGGACACGGGCAAGAUGGCGGCGGCUGCAGCGGCUCUGCGGCACCUGGCCACGGGCGCCCGCCUCGCCCCGCGGGGCCGCGCCGUGGGACCGCUGCCCCCGCACCUACAGCAGCUGCAGCAGCGCAGGGGCUUCCGCGUUUCCGCGCCCGCCGCCAUACAGGUGACAGUGCGGGACGCGCUGAACCAGGCGCUGGAUGAGGAGCUGGAACGGGACGAGCGCGUCUUCCUGCUGGGCGAGGAGGUGGCUCAGUACGAUGGCGCCUACAAGAUCUCCAGGGGCCUCUGGAAGAAGUACGGGGACAAGAGAGUGAUCGACACCCCGAUAUCCGAGAUGGGCUUCGCAGGAAUCGCUGUUGGAGCUGCUAUGGCAGGGUUGAGACCAGUGUGUGAAUUCAUGACGUUCAACUUCUCCAUGCAAGCCAUUGACCAGGUCAUAAACUCUGCUGCCAAGACCUGUUACAUGUCUGCGGGAUCCAUCGGUGUUCCCAUCGUGUUCCGGGGCCCCAACGGAGCGUCGGCCGGAGUGGCCGCCCAGCACUCCCAGUGCUUCGCAGCCUGGUACGGGCACUGCCCUGGGCUCAAGGUCGUCAGUCCCUGGAGUGCAGAGGAUGCCAAGGGUUUGCUGAAAGCAUCCAUCCGGGAUGACAAUCCAGUCGUGAUGCUGGAAAAUGAAUUACUGUAUGGUGUUCCCUUUGAAAUGUCUGAACAAGCACAGUCAAAGGAAUUUGUUAUUCCAAUUGGAAAAGCUAAGGUAGAAAGGCAAGGAACUCAUGUUACAUUAGUGGCACACUCAAGACCUGUUGGCCAUUGUCUGGAAGCAGCUACUGUACUUGCUAAAGAAGGUGUAGAGUGUGAGGUUAUAAACCUGAGAACCAUUCGACCAAUGGAUAUCGAAACAGUGGAAGCCAGCGUGGUAAAGACAAACCAUCUUGUCACUGUAGAAGGAGGUUGGCCCCAGUUUGGAGUAGGAGCGGAAGUCUGUGCCAGGAUCAUGGAAGGACCUGCCUUUAACUACUUGGAUGCUCCAGCUGUGCGUGUUACCGGUGCCGAUGUCCCUAUGCCUUACGCAAAGAUCUUAGAGGAUAACUGCAUACCUCAAGUGAAGGAUAUAGUAUUUGCAGUGAAGAAAGCUUUGAAUAUAUAAGUUGUAAAUACAUGUUUUAAAGUACCUGCUUUACAAAGCAUUAUUGGUGUUGGGCAAGUUGUAUCCAUAAUUUAUGUUCUAUAAGCUAUGUGAACUUUUGUACAGUGGGGAAAGUAUAGUGACCUCCCAGAAUAUUUAUAUAUGGGGUUACGCUCCCUAAGCCACACUUCAUAUAUGCAACAAUGUGGUAAUGCUUGUGUUCAGCAGUACAGUUGGGCUAGUGCUACUGUUUGUGGAGAAAUCCCGUUCUAAAUUCAGAGUGAGGAAAAAAUCCUCCGUUUUUGCUUGGCUUUAAGUACCAGAGGAACUGUGUCAAAUCCGCUGGAGCGGUGGUUUAGUGCACAAUUGCAGAGAGCAAGAGCAGGCCCCCAGUGCUGUACAGCUGUAGGAGCCCAUGGUCACAAGGCCUAUUAGAAGGGAAUGACUAGACUGGAUGGGUGAAGCCCUGCCUGCCAGUGCAGCUCUGCACAGAGGCUGCAGCAGCCCACAGUGUGGGUUAAGAGGUGGUGACCCUGUUUGGUUUGAAGAGGGCUCCACACAUGCAGAAAGGCUUCUGCACAAGAGCUUAAAUAAAGAUCCUGACCCUCUUCAGUAAGUGAUGGGAAACACUACCUAACUUUUCUUUACUACCUGUCACAUAGAGUGAUUAAAAAAAUGCAUGUCCAGAUACUUGGCUUUUAUGGCUCAGCUCCAUGUGGGUGUCUGUAACUCCUUGCCUGGGCUGACAACAGCAUGUUCCCACUGUAGGUCUUGCAGAGCAAAAUGAGUUCCUUUAUUCAGCUGCACUGAGCCCGAGUCUGAAGCAGCAGUUGUGCAGAUUGUGUGUGAAGAGCUGGGGAGCAGUCGAGGCAGCCUUUUGGCAGAACACCACAUCCCAGGGUUUGGCUGAGGGUUAGUUCUGCCGGGCAGGGAUGCUCUGCCAGGCUUCCCUCAGCAGCUUUUGGUACAGAGGGAAAGCUGCCCUGAGGGGCCUGUGCAGCAGGGCCUGCUCUGCACCCCGGGAGCAGUGGCUUCCCAGUGAACAGGUGGAGAGGACAUACCUCUGUAAGCAGCCAGAAGAGCUCAGGUCCUGUUUCAGGGAAGGGCCAGGAAUACCUUUCAGGGUAUUCCUUUUAGCAGAGGUGCUGUUAGGUUCUUAGAAGUGUGGCUUGCAGGUGCCAAUCCCAGCUGAACAUACCCACCAGACUGCUGAAGGAAUUCCAUUAACAUUUUAAUAAAAAUGACUGAAUAUCACAGGUUACAUGAAACUUUGUACAGACAUUCUCUGCAUAGUAACAAACACUGAUGUACUUGAAUUUUAAAAAAUGGAUUAUCUAUAAUCCUUUAAAGUGCAAUUUGUUUAAGGUUUUAAAUCAAAAAGGAUCUUUCAAUAAAGUUUAAACUGUAGAAUUAAC